AUGGACCAAGGUAAUAAAAUCAAAUUUGGCAACAGAAGAAGCAUCUCACCGAAGAAAUCAGAUAAGAUUUUGAUCAAAAUGGCCAAGAACCCUUUCCAAGAGGAGAGAAAGUUGAAGAAUAAGAACCGGAAAUAGAAAGAAUAGAUAUUCCCUGAACAACAGUCCUGUAAGGAUUGGUUUGAUCGGCUCUGGAGUUAAAUAUUUUGAUAAGACAAGGUGAGACACUCUAAACUCUGAUUUAAAAACAGUCAGAGAUACUAUAACUAAUUCUCCAAGCAAGGUGAAAUUAGCUCCUGUGUAUGAAAAUGCCAGCAAAGCCCCAAGUAUCAAAGAUCAAAAAUCAAUUCAAUCCAGACUAUCAGGGGCAGAAAAUAUUAGCUCUAGAAUGAAGAUCCCUCAUCAACCUGCAAUAAAAACAAAAUCAACAAAAAUCAUACUUUUUAGUAACCAACAUCAAGAGCCUAUCCUUGGGCCAGGGUUAAAAUAAGCUAGAGAAUAACAUUCCUUCACCGAAAAAUCCACAAAUUAACAACCCAUUUCAUUCUCAAAGGAAUGCUCCUCAAAAUUCUCCAAAAUUAGCCAACAAGAAAGCUGAGUACGAUCUACUAGAGUCUUUGGCUAAAGAAAAGAAGUAUGACUGCAUAAAUCAAUACCUAACCUGGUCGCCUAAAAAGAAGAGAAAAAGCGAAUGUAAUGCCAUUAAAAUCCCAACAGGUCCAGUCAUAGAAAAUACACCACCAGCGAAAGAAGUGGCCUCUAAAGUAAUUUGUGCUUAACUAGGUUAGAGUAAACCAAGUUUACCUGGCAAGAAUCUGCCAGAGAAGGGAUCUAAGAUUGAUCCGAUUUCCUGUAAAAUUGAUGGUCUUAAAAGUUAGGGAACUAUAAAGAAUGCUUUAAUAAUACUACGCCAAUCCCACGGUUUAUUAAGAGCAAAUCUCAGACACAGAUUUCCAGCCUGGUAGGGAAUAAUAUUAAGAGGAAGGAUUCAAGUAA